AUGAAAGCUCUUUUAUCAACUUUAAUAUUGUUGAGCUUCAUAAUCACAACAUUCGGUGAAUGUGUUGGUAUGAAUGAAUAUAAACUUCAAGAUGAUGGUAAAGCAAAAAGUGAACUCCAAGUGGUAGCCGAAGAAAAGACAAAAGAAUUGAAUAAAGCGUUAGGAAAAAUUGACAAAAAGAAAGGAAAGUCGAGUAAAGCAGAGAAGGCGGGCACUUCCACUUCAAAGGUUCAAAAAGCGAAAACUUUGCAAAAAACGAGUAAAACUGGUAAAAGUGCAAAGCAAAAAGAAACAAAGAAAAUGAGUCCAUUGAAAAAAGGCAAAGUGGAGAAGACCAAAAAAUUCAGAAUCAGAAAGCCAGGAAGGAAAUUGCGAGAACAAGUCAAAAGAGUUCUUCUUGAAGCUAAGAAAGCUAUUAAAAAGGCGAAUGAACCUAUUUUAGCUUAUGACGAAGAAGACGAACAAAAAGAACUCAAAGAAGUAAAACAAGUCAAACCAGUGAAAAAACAAACGACUAUACAACCAGCCCAACAGCCACAGCAAUCGACUCCAAUUGAAGUCCAAGAGACUCAAACACAGCCAACGCCACAAGACAAUUAUCAAGAACAACAAUACAAUUGA